GUCUGUGACCGCGUCCAAAUGGCUCUAACAUCAUGGAAAGCCUUCAAUUUCUUCGAUGCUUCGCAGGUGAAGCUACCUGAUGAGAGCUCAGCGGUAUUCAGCUCUGACGUCGCCUCCAUCUGCACCGGCUCUUCGAAUCUCUUCCUCGGAUGCGCCGAUGGCCUCGUCCAUGUCGUCUCGUCGGCCUUUAAAGUCGUGCAGUCAUUCAGAGCCUCCGACAGUGGCUCCAUCACACACAUCAAACAAAUAGAAGGGACGUCGCUUCUGGUGACAAUAGCGGAGGAUCUACCUAACGAGCCAGUGUUGAAGGUCUGGGCUCUGGAUAAGCCGGAGAAGAAGACCGGCGAUCCUCGGUGCUUGUCCGCAACCUCGGUGCAGAAUGCGAGGCGGCCAUUCCCUGUAUCUGCAUUCACAGCUCUGGAGGACCUCUCUCAGGUGGCAGUCGGCUUUGGCAACGGCUCCGUCACCAUCAUCCGCGGCGACCUGAUCCACGACCGCGGAGCCCGACAACGGAUAGUGUUCGAAUCGGAAGAACCCAUUACGAAUCUGGAAGUACAAACCGGGGGGAUAUUGACUUUGUACAUCUCGACUACCAGUCGCAUAUUAGCCUUGAUCAUUGCGGGUCGAGGACAAGGCCAACCUGCUCGUGUGCUGGAGGACACCGGAUGCGCCGUUAGCUGCAUGUCGUUGGACCGGGACUCGGGCGACGUCCUGGUUGCCCGGGAAGAUGCGAUAUACACAUACGGACCGCAUGGACGGGGGCCCAGUUACGCUUUUGAGAGUCCGAAGAAUUCGAUCACGAUCUUCAGAGACUACGUUGCGCUGGUGUGCCCGGGGUCCUCGCGACCGGAGUCUUUGCGUAAUUUCGGGGUCAGCCCCGCCGAUGAGAUGUUUAAUACCACCACCUUCACGCUGCUCGACACGGAUCUCAAAUUCAUCGCGCAUGGGGAGUCCCUCGCGUCCUCGGUACAACAUGUCUUCACUGAGUGGGGGAGUCUGUUCAUCCUCACCACUGAUGGGAAGAUUUUCCGGUAUCGCGAGAAGAGUCUCCAGCAGAAGCUUGAAAUCCUCUAUCAACGCAACCUCUAUAUCCUGGCCAUAAACCUGGCGCAAAAGAAGGGCGUGGACCAUUCGCAGCAGAACGCUAUCUACCGCCGGUAUGGGGACUUUUUGUACCAGCGGGGCGACUACGAUACUGCGAUGCAGCAGUACCUUCGAGCUAUUGAUAACACGGAGCCGUCUCAAGUCAUCCGAAAGUACCUUGACACCCAGCGGAUUCAUAAUCUUAUCGAAUAUCUUGAAGAAUUGCAUGAACAUGACCGCGCUACUGUCGACCACACGACUUUACUGCUCAACUGUUACGCCAAACUCAAAGAUACUGGCAAACUGGAUGCUUUUAUCAAGGCGCCUGGCCAGCUGAAAUUCGACCUAGAAACUGCCAUUUCCAUGUGUCGCCAAGGUGGCUACUAUGAACAAGCAGCUUACCUGGCUACCAAAUACGGCGAAAACGAAAUGGUCGUGGAUAUCUUGAUUGAAGACUCCAAGAAGUAUGCCGAAGCUGUAGAGUAUAUCUGGCGACUUGAUCCUGAAUUGGCCUACCACAAUUUGAUGAAGUACGCCCGAGUCCUGCUUUACAACCGUCCAGAGGAAACCACCGAACUGUUCAUCCAGUAUUAUAAGGGCGCAUUCAAACCCAGGACGGAAGUGGAAUCACCGGUUGAACCCCAAGAGAAGUCGGGAAGCACGCUGCAGAGUCUGGCAGCAUUUCUGCCCCUAUCUCUCAUGAGUGCCGGCGCAGGCAAAACCGAAGUGGCCGAGCCUCCAUCCGAAGCUGAGGUUGAAGAUACGGAGCCAGCCCCUACUUACCACGCUCCGAAGCCGCGGACGGCGUUCUCAGCCUUUGUCGGCCAUUCUCACGAGUUCAUCACCUUCCUCGAGGCUCUCAUCGAGAAGAAUGACCUCAAGCAAGAAGACAAGAUUGAUCUCUACACAACUUUAUUCGAAAUGUACCUGGACACAGCUAGUCAUAAGAAAGACACAGAGAAAGAAGAGUGGGAGAGCAAGGCCAAAAAGCUAAUAGAGGGGAAAGACAUACCGAUCUCCACAUCCAGCGUGUUGCUCCUUUCCGAUCUAUCCGGCUUCAGAGAGGGGUCAACCCUUGUCCGAGAGCAGGAAGGCCUGCGUUCAGAUAUCUUCCGGUCGUUUACAUCGGCGAAAGACACGCGCGGCGCUAUCAAAGCUCUGAAGAAAUACGGCCCCCAAGAGCCGCAGCUCUACAUAGACGCCCUGACGUAUUUUGCCUCGAGCCCAAAAAUUCUGGAAGAAGCCGGCGAAGAGCUCGACGUCGUCCUGAAACGGAUCAAUGAUGAUGGCCUCAUGUCCCCGCUGCAGGUUAUCCAGGCACUCAGCAACAACGCUGUUGUGACAAUGGGGCGGGUAAAGAAGUAUCUCAGCGAGAACAUCGAACGAGAACGCAAAGAGAUCUCAGGAAACCGCCGCUUAAUAUCCAGCUACAGCAGCGAAACCGAAACCAAGCGCGAAGAAAUCUCCCAACUAGGUACCAAGCCCAUCGUCUUCCAAGCACGUCGCUGCAUGUCCUGCGGGGGCGGCCUCGACCUCCCCACGGUCCAUUUCCUUUGCAAACACUCUUUCCACCAACGGUGUCUGAACAAGGUCGACGAAGACGCGGAGUGUCCCGUUUGCGCGCCGCAGAACUCAACCAUCAAGGCGAUCCGCAAAAGGCAGGUUGAGUCUGCCGAUCAGCAUGAUCUGUUUAAGGGGGAGCUGCAGCGCUCGAAGGAUCGGUUCCAGGUUGUGAGUGAGUUUUUUGGGAGGGGGGUUAUGAGGUCGCAGAGUACGAUGGAGUGAUUGUUUGCAUAUUGUGGUGGAUAGUUUAAUUUACGCGACACGUAGCAUUUGCUAUACUUAUGCAUAUGAUUCU